UCCAGCACACGCUCACUAUGAAGUGAAGAGCUGACUUCCCUCUCCUAUACGCCCACACAAGUCCUAGAUAUCUCACAUCCUCCCGGCUGUCACCAGCCAAACACCGAACCGCCGGCUCCCCGCACAGCGACCGACCACAACCACAGACCCUCUUACUAUGAAUUUUAGAGUGGUAUUGAGAGGAUGACAUCACUGGGUGAAUCCGGUGUCACCCAAAAAUCCCAGUGGGUGUCCUUCAAUGAUGAUGUCACUGUACAAGGACAAUUUACUGUGGACAAAUCAAGGAAACCCCCCCAACGUGAGACAGUCCAGACAAGAUCAGAGGGCCCUGGGGUCCCCAACAUCACUACUAACUCCAGGCUGGACUGCAGGGAUGGAGAGCCAAGUCCUCUGAGGUCUGAUGUCUUCUGCUGGGUUCAGUGUGAUGAGCGGCGCCCGGAAAUCCCUCCAUCACCAUGGAAGCCUCAAAAACAUCACCCUGGAAAUUCCUGGAGCGCAGUCCGUCCAGACAGACCCCAUUACACUCUCACAGCAGCACAGAGGUCUAUGAGGACAGCAGCACAAGCAUCGGACCCUCCUGCACAGACUGGUCGUCUACCCACCCUGAUGACUCCACCAGUGAGAACGCCUCUGGUACGGGCACUGCAGGUAACACCGCCUCCUCCACAAGGAUAUAACGUAUCCUCCACAGAUAACUCAUCAUUUCAGGAAGAUGAAGACCUAGACAUGGAAUCCGUCAACUGGUCCAGCACAGUCAAUGGUCACCCCGCACCAUGCACAAGGACUCGGUUCCCCAGCUGGGUAACCUUUGAAGAUGAGAAUCUAGACCCCACUCCUAAAGACUCUCCGCACAGAUCAUCUGAGAGCUCACAAUCCCCUUCUACCCCUGACAGGAACUUUAAUAGUGUUAGAGCAUUAAAAAAAAGAGAGCGGCCUAAGAGCUCGCUGGUCGACCUCUCCAGGACUCAGAGACUUGACUUCUCCACUUUGCACAGACAGCUCUCACUGAAUUCCACUCCCACCAAGGCUCCCAAUCCAUUCCUUGACGAGGCCUUGAAGGAUAUCCAGCCUUCCCCCAUCAACCCAUUCAUCUCCUUUUUUGAGGAGCAGGAGAGGCGCUCUCAACACUCAUCAGUAUCCAGUGGGCCGGGGUCGAGUCAAAGAAAUUCAAUCUCCAUUCUUGCUGAGGAACUUGAUACCGAACAGUUUGAAGAUUACAGGAAGAAGGUCCUACAGGCAGAUGUGGUAGAACAACUCAAGCAGAUUCAGAUUGAGGACCCAGAUUCUCCUGGGAGCCCUUCUCUACCAGACGACCCCUUGAAAUUCGAUGAACCUAUCGGUCCCACUUUAUCAUUCACAAAACCUCAGCCUAAAGAAGGAUGGCCAAUGCUCUUAAGAAUUCCAGAGAAAAAAAACAUUAUGUCUUCUAGACACUGGGGUCCUAUCUAUGUGAAGGUCACAGAAGCUGGAUUCCUACAGCUCUUCUAUGAGAAGGGUCUGGAAAAGCCAUUUAGAGAAUUCAAACUGGAGGUCAACCAUGAGAUCUCAGAUCCUAAGCUACAAAACUAUGAUGAAAAUGGAAGGAUUCACACCAUCCGCAUCGACCGGGUGUUAUACAGGGAGAAACGCAAGUAUCAGCCCAUGCCACUUGUCACUCACACUGGAGAGAGGGAGCAGACUAUAAAGCUGGGGACAGCUGACUACCUGGACUUAAUAAGCUUUAUCUCAACAGUCCAAGAUAUUUUGUUCCACCUCCCCCCCACAGUGGACCUCAGCACCAUGCACCAGAAUUACAUUGAGGAAGAGAUCACUGUAGAUGUUAAAGAUGAAUUCCGAGGAAUUCUGGCCAAGGGGGACAACCAGCUUCUUCAACACUCCGUGGUCACGCAUGUCCAUGUUCUUAGUUUCAUCUCAGGGAUGGCAGACUGCAGGAUAGGACUCAACGAUGUUCUCAUCAAAGGCAAUGAAGUUGUCUCCAGGCAUGAUAUCAUGCCAACCACAACCACCAAGUGGGUAAGACUACAUGACUGCCAGUUCCAUUCCUCAGUGGAUGAGGAGGCUUUCCAUAGCCUCAGAAAUGUUCUGUUCACACCGAUUGAUGCCUGCAGGUUUGAAUUAAUGAGGUUCCAGACUGUAUUUUCUGAAAAGACUUUGCCUUUCACCCUCAGAACUGUGGCCUGUGUUCGUGGAGCUGAGGUUGAGCUGCAGAGCUGGGUGGUCAUGUCUACUGGCUUCUCUUCUAACAGGGAUGCUUUAUCCCAGGUUCCCUGUGAAAAUAUCUCAAUUCGACACCCAGUGCCACCAGACUGGGUGAACUAUUUCCGAAGAGACAGUGUACUUGGGGAGAGGUCAUUGAAGGCCAAAGUAAAUAGGGAGGCCAGCUUUGGUUCCCCCAGCUUCUCUGGUUCAGAGCCAGCAAUGAGAGUGACAUUGGGAACUGCAAAAUAUGAACACGCCUAUAAUGCCAUCGUAUGGAGAAUAAGCAGACUUCCUGAUAAGAACUCAGGAUGGGGUCACCCCCACUGCUUCUACUGCCAUCUGGAGUUGGGUUCAGACCGGGAGGUGCCCCCAGUGUUUGCCAAGUAUGUGGAGGUGGAAUUCUCUAUGCCCGCAGCAUCUGCUUCCAAGACAGCGGUGCGUUCCAUCUCAGUAGAGGAGAAGACGGAACUCAAAAAGUGGGUGAACUACUCGGCCCAUUACUACUACAAGGUAGAAAUUGAGCAGAAGAAAACACUGAACCCCGAGACGGAGGAAGAUCCUCCCCCUGAUGCACCCACCGCGCUGACCGCCGCCUCCUUCUCUUCCAGCUGUGGUGAGAACAAACUGAUGCAGUCGAAGGCGGUGGACGGGUUCCACUCGGAGGAGCAGCAGCUUCUAUUGCAGUCCCAGCAGCAGCAGCAGCAGCAGCAUCAUCAUCAUCACCACCACGUGCAGACGCAGCCGCCGCAGACCGCUACUCACCAAGCACCCACACAGCAAGUCCUCAUCCCGGCCGCACACCAAGCUUCUCAGCAGCAAGUUCUGAUCCCGAGCAAUGAUUCCAAGCUGAUCCAGCACAUGGCCCCGCCGGGAAUGAGUGCAGCAGCCACCGCGGCUACCCUGGCCCUGCCUGCGGGGGUCACCCCUGUCCAGCAGCUCAUCACCAACUCUGGUCAACUCCUGCAGGUGGUCAGAGCCGCGAACGGCGCCCAGUACAUCAUCCAGCAGCAGCAGCCCAUGGUCCUACAGCAGCAGAUGAUUCCCCAGAUGCAGCCCGGUGGGGUCCAAGCCCCAGUCAUCCAGCAGGUUCUGGCCCCUCUGCCCGGUGGCCUCUCGCAGCAGACGGGCGUCAUCAUCCAACCUCAGCAGAUCCUCUUCACGGGCAACAAGACCCAAGUCAUCCCGACCACCGUCUCCGCUCCCCAAGCGCCGGUGCAGGGGCAGCUCACCAUGGCCAACGCCCAGCAGCAGGGGCAGCAGCAGGCGCCUCUUGUCCUGCAGGUGGAUGGCGCCGGAGACACUUCUUCUGAGGAGGAUGAAGAGGAGGACGAAGAUUACGAUGACGAAGAGGAGGAGGACAAGGAGAAGGAUGGCGAGGACGGCCAAGUGGAAGAGGAGCCACUGAACAGUGAGGAUGACGUGAGCGAUGAGGAGGGGCAGGAGCUGUUUGACACGGAGAACGUUGUCGUCUGCCAGUACGAUAAGAUCCACAGAAGUAAAAAUAAAUGGAAGUUUCAUCUCAAAGAUGGAAUCAUGAACCUGAACGGUCGCGACUUUGUUUUCUCCAAAGCCAUUGGUGACGCUGAGUGGUGAGCCCCUCCCCCCUCGGGCCCCGCCCAGGGUUAUAAAGCGCAGGGGGGGGGUGAGUGACUUUUAAGAGAAAAUAACAAAACAAAAAAGAAACUGAUAAAGCGCCCCCGAAGGAUGGGAAUCGCCCCCUUUCCCUGUCACCAAUAAGACUAAUGCUGUAUCUCCCUGUGGGACUGGAAUGUCACAUGACUGAUCACAUGACAGAGGAGCGACGGCCGGCGCGGACCGCCAUCGGCAGCCCUUGUUUUAUUCAAAUUUUUUUUUUUCAUUUUAUGAAUUUGAUCCUCUGGAAAGUUUUACUUUUUAAAGAUCGUACCAAGUGUUUUUAUCUGUGGGGAGGAAGAGGAGGGGCCCUGGCACCCUCUUAGGUACCGGAUGCCGACGCGCCCACCCCCAUCCGCCAUGAUGUGAUUCCCGAUUUUUAGAGUUCACCCUCAAAAUGUCAGUGUCUGCUUACGCCCUGGCACCCACUUCUCUUCUCCGGCUUCGUUCACAUCUGUGCAGCUCCACAAUGUCUACCCUGGUAACGCUGCCCCCAGCCCCGGUGGGACGUUGGUGAUCGCCCGCUCCCGGAUCCUCUGUGCCCCCCUCGUCCAGCGCCGGCUGCCUUACUCCUGUAGUGCAUUACUACCCUCCAGACGCGGUGACGGCAACGGUGACAAAUUGUGGGGGGGGGGGUGCGCUACAUAUUUGUACUGCCUUGUGUCUAGUGCCUAAAAUCACACAAGCAACGUGCUAUAGUGGAGCCCCUGCUGGAGGGUUUGCAGCAUUCUCCCUUCAGAUCUGAUAUCUUUUGUUUUGUAUGGGGAUUGUGUCUGUGUCAACCUCUUCUAUGGGUUCGUGGCGGGAGAUCCUAGUGCAGAGUUUCCCAACCAGGGUGUCGCCAGGUAUUACAAAACUACAACUCCCAGCAUGCCCGGACAGCCUUUGGCUGUCCGGGCAUGCUGGGAGUUGUAGUUUUGUAAUACCUGGCGGCACUCUGGUUGGGAAACAAAGCCGUAGUGUGUGAUUCUUGCUGCCUUACACAGCGCACAGACUGGGGCGGAGCUUCGGUACGUGGCCACGCCCUCCAGUAUAGCGUCCCCCCCCACAGUAUGAGAAGAUGAUGACUUUCCUUCUGUAUUUGGGGAGGGGGAAGCUUGGACCUGAUUCUUUUUCUUUAUUUUUUAUGGGGGGGGGGGGUUGAGCUGCGGUCACCUGCUGUUGUACAUACAGUUCUGUGGAGAGGGGGGGGGGGGGCAAAGCUAUUUAUUAUGUCUGUCUGUAAAAUGCUGUACAAUGGCAGAUCGAGGUUGCAUUUUUAUUUUUUUGUCUUACUGAAUUUUAAUGCCGCGCUUUAGAAUCUUCUUCAUUAGAAAUCUGAUUUGAUGCAAUUACGUUUUAAUAUUUUACCUUUGCAAAAACCUUUAAUU